AUGCUUUUGCGGCUGCUGCUGUUGCUUCCAUGGGCAGCAUGCGAAGUGAAGAUCCCUACAGUGGAAAUCGCCAAGGGCGUUCAAAUGCCUGUGAUGUCCAUAGGCAUUGGUGGGCUGGAACGAUCGAAUGCCUCCGAAAUCGUGGCCAACUGGAUCAAUCAAGGUGGGCGUGGCAUCGACACAGCCAGGGGGCCCAGCAUCGACACGGAGCUGGCGAAGGCAGGCAUUGAUCGCAAGGACGUCUUCAUUACCACCAAGAGACGUGUCGUAAAUCCGACUGUCAAGGGAAAUGCCUUGGACUACAUCGACCUUUUGCUGAUCCACGACCCCAUCGGCGACUGCCCCAAGGCCUGGUCCAUCCUCGAAGACUACCACCGCCAGGGCGUGCUGCGAGCCAUUGGCAUUAGCAACUUCAAUGCGUCGCAAGUGGAUACCUUGAUGAAGACGGCCAAAGUCACCCCAGCUGUGAAUCAGAUUGAGUUGAACGUACUGGAGUACGAUGCGGAGGCGCUGGAGCGCUCUAAGCAGCUGAACAUCACAGUCGAGGCCUACUCACCAGUUGGUCGCAGUGGGCAUUCAGGUGAUAUCCGUGACAACCAAGUGAUCAAGUCCAUUGCUGCGAAACACAGUGUCAGCACCUACCAAGUUGCUUUGAAGUGGAUCCUGCAACAUGACAACGUCAUCACCUUCCAGUCCAGUUCUGCGGAACAUCAGGCGCAGGAUGCUGAUGUCUUCAGAUUCCAGCUGACCGAUGAGGACAUGAAAGACGCUUGGUCAGGACCAAUCCACGUCGCCACUUUGGGUCUUAAGAAGUCUUACGACCAACAAAGAUGGUGA